CCCAUCACUAGAACGUAUUACAUUUUCGUGCUUUUUUUACGUUAUGCGUCGUCGUCCGCGUAGGUCACGUGAUUGAUUUUGACGUAGAGGAUAGUGUUAAGAGAAAGUGAACAUCACUACGUAGAGGCAGCUGCAGCACACGAUACAGUGAUAAUGGACUUUAACGUAAAGAAACUCGCCUCCGAUGCAGGACUGUUCUUCACACGAGCUGUUCAGUUCACAGAGGAAAAGCUGGGUCAAGCAGAGAAGACAGAGCCGGAUGCUCAUUUUGAGAACCUGAUGAGCCGUGCAGACUGCACCAAGCACUGGACUGAAAAAAUCUACAGACAGACUGAGGUUCUUCUGCAGCCCAACCCAAGUGCCAGAAUUGAAGAGUUUCUCUAUGAGAAGUUAGACAGGAAGGCACCAUCCAGAAUUACCAAUGGAGAAUUGCUGGGUCAAUACAUGGAGGAUGCAGCGAAGGAAUUUGGUGCAGUCAGUCCUUAUGGAAGCACACUAAUUAUUGUUGGAGAUUGUGAAAAAAGAUUAGGUGCAGCCGAAAGAGAUUUCCUCCAAACAUCGACCAUGAGCUUUCUCACCCCACUAAGAAACUUUCUGGAAGGAGACUGGAAGACCAUCUCAAAAGAACGACGCCUCCUGGAGAACCUGCGCCUGGACUUGGAUGCCUGUAAAACACGACUGAAAAAGGCCAAGAUGGCAGAGGCUAAAGCUGCAACGGCUCCAGAUUUUCAGGAGACCAGACCUCGUAACUAUGUGCUGUCGGCCAGUGCCUCUGCGUUAUGGACUGAAGAAGUGGAGAAAGCACAACAGGAACUCAGAGUGGCCCAAACAGAGUUUGACCGUCAAGCAGAGGUGACACAGUUGCUAUUAGAGGGAAUCAGCAGCACACAUGUGAAUCACCUGCGCUGUCUGCACGAGUUUGUGGAGGCCCAGGCUGCCUACUAUAAACAGUGUCAUUUCCACAUGCAGGGAGCUGGCAAGGUAUCAAUAUGAAAGCAAUGUAAAGGGAGUUUGCUCCCCAAUGCUUUUGCAUUAAACACCACUCACUCUAUGGCUGCAUCUCCAGCUGAAGCCAUCAGCAGCCCCACAGACAACGACACACUGAAGAUCGAGGAGGUUCAGUCACCAGCUACAGGAACUCGCAAGGCGAAGGUCCUGUACGAUUAUGAUGCCGCUGACUCCAGUGAACUCUCCCUUCUAGCCGAUGAGCUCAUCACUGUUUACACCAUGCCGGGAAUGGACUCUGAUUGGCUAAUCGGAGAAAAGGGAAACCAAAAAGGAAAAGUACCUGUCACAUACUUGGAGCUGCUCAGCUAAAAUUACACACACACACACACACUUACACACAUCCUGACACACACACACACACAUAUGUGAGUGUUUAUUUGAGUUAAAGUGGGUAAAACUAAAGCCAUGAAGGAUCUUCAUUCACAAAAUUCAUCUCACACUUUGUUUUUGGUUAAAGAAGAGAAAAUGUCUCAUUACGGCGAACAUCUGUCAGUGCUGUCUGAUCAGGAUAAUGAAACAACAAUGCAAUAACAAUGUCUCUGCUCUGUUUGGGCCUGUAAUGUGACACAAGUUUAACUAACUCAGGAUAUGUUUUCAUUAGUAUUCAUUAUGUAGUACACAAGAUUACUUGGUUUCUUCUGGACUGAUGUACAAACAUCAUCCCUCCUACUUGGAGACUCCUUGCUUUAAAUUUAAAUAAAAUACACCAAUUCUUAGUUUACAAGUUGAGCAUAAAUUACACUUAUGAAAGCAACCAAUUGAACUAGAAAUGUUAUCCUCUUUAACUAUUCUUUCAACUCUAAUACGACAGCAUCAUGAUACUUGAAAACAACCUGGACAUUAUAUUAUUGUAUAAACAAUUAAAAUAUCUGUGGUUUACUCCCCACUAACAGAUCUUCAGACCAUUAUGUGUUUGCUUAAUAGGAUUUUUUUAGUAAUUUUCAUCAAAUUAGAAUAAUUUGUUCCGUAAUUAACACGUUAAUAAGCAGCUAGCUCCCAGUUAACCAGUCAAAUUUAAAUUUAGCAUUGCUAUGUGAAUGUUUUUAUUUGAUUGACACAUGACCAGUUCCAAUAAGCUUCUAAUCAACCUGGAUUAUUUAACCUUUCUUAUUUAGGUUUAUAAUGUGGAGGAGUUGAUAAGACAAUGACCCCCUCGAAGGUUUAGAACAGGGGUCCUAAACGCAGAUGAACCUGAUUACAUUAUACAUGUACUGUAUCUAGUUGUGCGCUGCACCCCUCAGUACCAGCCUGCCUGGCUUCUCCUUAUACUUGUUUCUUGACCGUUAUGAUGAUUGUUGUUUACUUUGGUGGCCUUCAAAGUCACUGCCUAUGAGCCAGAGAUGACUCUAAGAUGUGGCGUCACAGAUGUAAUAAUUGUGUCAGUGCAAUUCCAAAUUUCUGCGGAUUUUCUGUUGUUGUUGAAAAACAUGGCCUUUGUUACAUAGUUUUAAUGGUUUCAAAUCAAUACUGCUACUGUUGUUCCAAAUGUGAGUGCAUAACGUUCUAGAAAUCCUCUGAAGAUGUUUGUGUAAAAUGCCCAGAUGUUUAUGACUCACUGAGUACUCUGUACUCUCCUCACGUACUGAACUGCACUAACAGAACCAGAAUUCUCCACUGUUACACUCUGACUAUAUUUAUUUUUUAUUUCAUAUUUAUUUUCAUGAACAAAACUCUCAGACUCUGUUAAAAGCUGUUCUUUUUGUAAACUCUGUUCAAAGCAGCCUGUUUCCAUUUUGUCAUUGGUAUUCGACUGUUUGAGUGUUUUGUGUUCAAGUAGUAAAUGACAGGCUAUUUGAAAGACUAAUUAUUUAAAUUCUAUGACUUUAUGUGUAAUAUUCCUUCAUUGUAAAUCACAUCACAUUUUGAUCCUUCUCACUUCUGUCCUGCUGAUCUGAUUGGACAGCCUUUAAGCUUUUCAGGGGGACCAUAACCUUCAUAGUUCACAGUUCAAACCAAAGUUAUGGCCAAAGUUACGUAAAAACUCUCCCUCAUUUAACUUUUAUCCACAAAUAUGUUAACUUUUCAGUACAGACCCGAUGACAGUUGCAGCUGGUGAGUGGAGAAGAGACAGUUCAAUCAAGGCAGAGGGAUCAGCAGGUCAUCCUGUUCUGGCAGCCAUAUUUGUAUUUCUUGGGAAAGCACUUGUACAACCAUACAUUACCGUUUUUAUUUAACAUGGAGUUAGGCUGAAAUGACAACAACACAAACAAAGCAGGAACAUUUUAUCUUUAAGUGCUAAAUGCCUUUAACUACGAAGAGGCAGCAUUAGCUGAACAACUGUAAGGAAAUGAUUGUAUCCUCUGUUUGUUUGUCUUAUUGGGACUUCCUUCUAAAAGGAACUUCCCAUGCAGCAUUAUAAAGCAUGUGUCGUGUCUGUGUUUGUGUGACCCACUCCCAGUCUCUAGUGUUCCUGUCUUGUCUUCAGUCUUUGUGCUGCAUGCGCUGCAACUCCUAGGACUAUAUGUGUGUGUGUGAGUUUUUGACCCCCUGUCCUUGAGUAAUGAGUAAAUGCAUGUUCAGCUUUUGUAAAAUAAGUACAUGAAAUACAGUGCAAAUAAAGUAAAAACCCUAUGCCAGCAGAGAAGGGAAAGGAUACACACAUACACACAAACAUUCCAGUACAGCAAGUACCAGUAACAGAGAACAUGGUUACAUCCCUCAUGUCUUCUGCUCUCUGCCCACUGAUGUCCAUUUUAUAAUUUGUUCAGCUGUCCUUCCAAGUUGUUUCACUGCUGCUGUUAUGAUCAUCUUGUGCCUAAUCAUGUCAAUCUUUAUUUCCUCUCAACUAUGUCUUGCCUGAUACUAAACCCUUCUAAUGAAAGAAAUAUCUAGAGUUUAAUAAAAAGUAUGAUUUAUUUGAA